GCACAAAAGAAUCUCUCCAUCGAGGGUUGAGAUGAAGAUGACGGCGGCGACGAGGACUGCAAGGAAAAAGGCCAUGACGCUAGGAAGAAGACGAUGAUGCAAGGAGAAGACGUGGGUGCUUGGCGUUGGCGACGAUGGUAGCGGUGCUUGAAGGAAGAAGGCAUCGACCGAGCGGGAGGAAGACGACGACGACAAGGAGAAGAAGGUUGUUGAGGUAGAUGUCUUCCUUUCUCUUGAUUCAUUGAUUCGACUAUAUGGUUUUAUGGAUUCGAGAUCUGUUAUUCUGUGGGGUUGGGAUCUGUGAUUCAAUUUGGGGAAUAUGGGAUUCUAUGCGUUUGGGAUCUGAGAUUCGAUUUGGGAGAUCUAGGAUUCGUUUGGGGGAUUUUGGGAUUUUGUGCGGUUGGGAUCUGGGAUUCGAUUUGUAGAUCUGGAAUAUUAGUUCGCUUAAUAUGGAUAAUAGUUAGCAUGCUUUGGAUACUACUUUUUUAUACUGUGGAUAUUGUACUAUUGACUGUUCGGAUAUUAGUUAUGUGAUGUCUGUAUAUUUGUUUACUUUGUCUUGAUAUUUCUCUGCCCGAUAUGGAUGUUUGUUCGCUUAUAUUAGUUCUGUGCGAUUGAGAUAUUAUGCCUGAUAUUAGGUAUGCCAUUGGUGAAUAUUUGUUAUGGUUUGUUUGGAUAUUACUCUGAAUGUAUGGAUUAUAGUUACCUUAUAUUAGUUUUGGGUGGCGGGGAUAUCAGUUGAUUUAUACCUAUAUAUUUAUCUAUGAUCCCAGGGAUAUUGGACAAUGGCAAGAACUAAAACAAAAGCGAAGAGACCACAACUAAGAGAAGGACCAUCCCAACCUCGUCGUGGCAUGACCGAAACAUGGGGGGCUUGGAGGACAUGAUCAAAAAGAUUAUCGAGAGUUUGAUCAAGCAAGACAACAUUUGAACUAUUCCUUUUUCGUUUUUUAUGUGGUUGUACUUUUUUGGAUUUUAGAUUAUGGGAUUGCCAAGUUGGAAUGACAUUAAUACUAGUUGUAUCGCGGUUUGUCGAAAAAAAAACUUUAUUUUAGAUAAAUUUGUUUAAACUCAAUAUCAACACAAACAAAAAUAGAUAAACAUCCACACAAAACAAAUAUCCACACCACCGAUACUAAUAUCUCACAGUUUAAUACCAAUAUCCAGUUGGUCCAUAAUUAAUAUCCUCACCGUCACAGACUAAUACAAACUACACACAAAAUAAUAUCCGACCAUCGUGAACUAAUACUCACUACACGUGAAAUACCCACAUAUCGCAAACUAAUAUCCUCCCAUCACAUAGUAAUAUCUUAUCACCACAGACAGAUAUCAAAUCAUUCUACAUUGUGUUCAUAUCCAUUUCCACAACAUCAUCUUCUAAACCCUAAACCAAAACAACUCUCACUCUAAACCCUAAAAAAUAUCAAUACCAUCCAAACUUAUAUAUCACUGUCUCAAACCAAUAUCCAGUCAUUAAAAAUAUAAUAUCUCACCAUCACAGUCAAAUAUCAACAAUACACAGACUAAUAUCUCACCGUCGCAGACUAAUAUUCAACUACAUAGACAAAAUAUCGAACCACCAUACUUUGUGUUCUAAACCAUGAACCCUAAACUCUAAACCCUAAGUAGGUCAAGUGGAUGUAGUUGUAAUUAUUUAGGGGGCUUUGAAAUUAUUUUGGUGAAAAGUAAACAUUAGCUUUGUGAUGUAAAAGGAGGAUAGAUACUCUUUUGGGCAAACACAAAUAUUAUUAAUCAGAAGGUCUAAUAAGAACAACUAUGUAGACUAAUAUCCAAAUAAAGGAAACAAAAAAUCUAAUCACACAAAACUAAUAUUCGAUUACAUAACGGGCAAAACUAAUAUCCGUCCUUUAUCGAACACAUACCCAUUCACCCCAAAUAAAUAUAAAAUCGAACAAAUAUCGGUGGAGCCCAGACUAACAUCCUUCCACUCCAUAUAUAAUAUACAUCCUUAUGCGAACAAAUAUCAUUGACACCCUGACUAAUAUCCAACCACAUAAAUUAAUAUCCGAAAUCACAAACGGAAUAAUAUCAAACCUACCAUGACAAAAAAAAAACUUCAUUUUUGGAUGCUUUCCUCGGUGAUAUCUUCAUCCUCUGACUCUGAAGACAUGGAAGUUGUUUGAUAAGAGAAGAACAAUAUGGUGGGUAAGUUGGGAAACCAUUAUGUUAGGGUGGGUGCUUAAAUAAACAAAGAUGACAUUUGAAUAGUUAGUACAAGGUUCUUAUGGGAAUAGUGACCAUAAUGUUCACAUGUGAAUAGUUAUAAACCAAUAUCCAUCGCAUAUAAUAUAAGUUCAUAAAACAAACAUCCAUAUCACCCAUACAAACACCCAUUCACCCCAAAACAAAUAUCUGUCCUUUAUAGAACAAAUAUCCGUGGCUCCCAGACUAACAUUCAUCCACACUAGAAAUAAUAUCCACCCUUAAACGAACAAAUAUCAUUGGCAACCUGACUAAUAUCUAACCACAUAAACUAAUUUCUGAAAUCAGAAACGAACUAAUAUUAGGGUCUGGAAGACACACUCUCCUACUAUUAUUGAUUCAUUGGCCUUCGGCCAAUGGGCCCUCGGCGUGCAGCCCUAACUAAGGUUGCAAGCCUUAUGUGUUAGGACUUGAUAGCGUGUUUAAUUUUGAUGGAAGACACAAUUAAUUCACAAACUAAUAUCCAUCACAUAUAAUAUCAGUUCAUGCAAAAAUUAAUAUCCAUACCGCCCAGACUAAUAUCCGACCACAUAAACUAAUUUCCUUCGGUUCAUGGAUAAUAUUUUGGUUAAGGAUGGAUACUAGAUUGGACGAUAUGAAUAUUAAUCAGGGUUGAUUUCUCUCUUCAUGUGAGAAUAGUUGGUGGGUGGCAUUAAAUGCUCAACAUCUCUCUCAUGUGAAAAUUCAUCAAAGCAUCAAAAGUAACAGAUGGUGGGCCAUGCUUUUCUCUCUCUUUUGUCAACUCAGACCGAAUAUUAGUUCGUGCACUUUUGGAUAUUUAUUUGUCUCGGCUGGAUACGAGUUAUCUCAGCGGCUCUCUUUCUCAAUCCCGCCUAAAUCAAAGGUGGACCCAAGCCACCUUGUUCAGCUUGGUUGGCUGGGCCGACCUGUGCAAAAAAUCUCUUAAAUAGCUCACUUAAAUGAGCCAUGGAUGGGCUAACCCCCUCACCCUUGGAUUAGAACUGGGCCGACGUGGACAAAUCUGGGCCUUGUAAGUAUCUACUCACAAAACUCCUUGUGAGCAGAUUAACUUUCUGCCAACAAUUGAGGUCGACCCAAUUUCGGUUCAUUCAAAACAAUGUGCAUAGUGAACUGCCAAAGCUGAACUCUUUUAUGGUGGACACUGGACAGAGUGGGCCGACUUGAAACUAGAUGUCCUUUUUUGGAAUAUUAUGGCAAUCAAAUAAUAAGAAUUGAUGUUUAUUGUAAUGUUAAAAUAUUCUUGUGCUACAGUCAAAGCGAUGAGUUCGAUCUCUUGUAUAAGCAUAUAUAGUGAUUUAUUAUUUUUUGGCCUAAUACAAGAAAGAACCCAUAGUUUAGGGUUGGGCAUGGUCCAGGAAACUGGAUCGUACCAGUCGGUUGAAUCAGAAAAACCGGGAACUGGCUAUUGGCCGAUACGAUGCAAUGUGUGCGAGGGAAUUUCCGUUCCGGCCGGUAUUUUUGAGUUAACCUGCCUACCGUGAUAUUUUGGCCGGUUUUGUUUGAACCGUCGAUACUUAAAAUAGGAGAAUUUCUCAUGGUAUCAGAGCUGUGAGCUGAGCUUCAUGGCGUUUUCUUUCUUUAACCUGUCAUUAUGAGUCUUAACGACGAGACAAUGGUGGAUGCCAAGCUGAAGUCUGCGGCAUCCGAUCCUCCACCGGCAGGGGGUGCGUCUGGUAGCGACCCGCCUUUUCCUCCGGACUUCAUUCUCCACAAUGGUGACAGCCCUAAUCAACUAUUUGUGGGUGAGCUUCUCACCGAUUCCAACUACAACGAAUGGUUUGGCGACAUCACUGAUUCUUUCAUUGCCAAGAACAAAGUAGGUUUUGUGGAUGGUUCUAUUCCGCAACCGUUUGAUGGGCGUCUCCGUGAUCAAUGGCGGGUCUGUGACGCCAUGGUGAAGGGUUGGUUGAAAACGGCAAUGAGUAUGGAGAUUCGCUCAAGUGUCCGUUUUGUCAGCACCGCCCGUGACAUAUGGAUUGAUCUUGAAGCUCGUUUUGGGCAGCCGAGCGCACCGCGCUUGUAUGAGCUGCGUCGGAUAAUCAAUGCCCUUCAAUAGGAGAAGUCUAGUGUCUCUAGCUUCUAUACUAAGCUUCGGGGGUAUUGGGAUGAGAUUCAAUCCAUCUCUCCUGACCCUAAUUGUAGCUUCAAUGGAUGCACUUGUGAUGUGAAGCGUAAGUAUCAAAACACCAAAAACAGUGAGCAGCUCUUUGACUUUCUCAUGGGUCUCGACGAGGCCUUCUCUACAGUUAAGACACAAAUCCUGGCUAUGCGUCCCAUGUCGAGCCUUGCCGAAGCUUAUCAGCUGGUCAAUAAUGAUGAACAACAGCGCGGAUAGCUCAAGCUCGGUGCCCCACUGUUGAAGCAGCAACGUUCUUUUCUCAGGAUGACCGCUCCAAUGCUCGCAGCUCCUCGAGUCGUCCUAGUGAUCCAUCUAAGCCUUGGUACUUCUGUGAACAUUGCAAGAAGACCGGUCACACAAAGGACCGGUGCUAUGAACUCAUUGGCUAUUCGGAUCGUCCUGCAUCGAAGGGCGAUCGCGGUAAUCGUUCGAAAGGGGGCGAUCGGGGCAAGGGCGCUCCUCAUGCUGCUCAAGUCGGUGCUCAAGCGAGCCCAAUUCCUGGGCUGACUCCCUCUCAAUUUGAGCAGCUUAAAAACUAGUUUGGCGAGGAGCUAAAGCAGAUGUCGAGCCCAGCAAAUAAGGCGAUAGGUAAUUCACCUUCUUUUUCCGCGUUGAAUGAUGACUGGUUAAUCGAUAGCGGCUGUAACGAAACAAAUUGUGAACAAUCUGAAACUAGUUCACGGGUCACAGGCCGACCCGGGUCUGCAGGUACGAGUCCCCGAUGGUUCGACUAUUGGAGUAACUCGCAUUGGUGAAGUUCGGUUGUCUAAUGGGCUGGUUUUACCUCGUGUGCUAUUGGUUCCGGAAUUAAAAUGCAACCUGUUAUCUGUGAGUCAGCUUACUCGGGAUUUUUCUCUGGCUUUGAUAUUUCUUCGGGACUUCUGUGUGAUAUAGGACUUGUCCUUGAAGAUGAUUAUUGGGACGGGGAGCCAAGUUGACGGUCUCUACCAUUUACGUCUUUUUGAUGGGGUCCGACGCGAGAUGGCCUAUGUUGUUCGUAGAAACGUCUCACCUGAUCUUUGGCACUCUCGGCUGGGACACCCGUCGCUGGAGAAAUUGGAUUUGUUACAUUUAGUACCCAACACUAGUAGACAUAAUAACACUCUUUGCUCCCCCUGUUUGCGAGCAAAGCAGUCUCGUUUGCCUUUUCCUUCCAGCUCAAUUCGCAGUACUCGGCCUUUUGAAAUUGUUCACAUUGACAUUUGGGGUGGUUACAAAGUUCCUUCUUUGAGUGGAGCUCAGUACUUUCUUACAGUUGUGGAUGAUUUCACCCGUGGUGUUUGGAUUUAUCUGCUUAAAUUCAAAUCUGAGGCUGCUAGAUACUUGAAACUUUUUGUUCGACAGGCAUCCCGGCAGUUUGGUGCGUCGGUCAAAGUGAUUCAGACCGACAAUGGGACGGAGUUUCAAUCCCAUGACUUGGUCGAUUUUUAUGUUGAUGAGGGCAUUCACUUACAAACUUCUUGUGUCGAUACUCCGCAGCAAAACGGGAUUGUCGAGCGUAAGCCUCGACACAUAUUGGAUACAGCUCGUGCCCUUCACUUUCAUGCUAACUUGCCCAAGCGUUUUUGGGGCGAGUGUGUCCUCAAUGCUGGCUACUUGAUUAAUCGUCUUCCGCACAGUUCUCUUGGGAAUCAGACCCUGUAUGAACGACUUUUUGGCAAGCUUCCCAGCUACUCUCAUCUCCGAGCUUUUGGAUGUUUGGUCUAUUCUAAAGAUACCCGUCACCACUUGGAUAAAUUUGGUGAGCGAGGUCGUCCGUGUGUCUUUCUUGGUUACCCCCCGUCUCAGAAGGGGUAUCGUGUUUACGAGCUAUCAUCUCAUCGAUUAUUUACCUCUCGUGACGUCGUGUUGAGGAAACGACUUUUCCUUUUCACUCAACAGCCAAUGAUACAUCACCCAUGUCGCGCCAGUUCUCUCCUCCUGUCACGCGUGAGGACGAUGAUGAUGAUGAGCUCGUCCCAGUUGCUUCUGAACACCCCAUACCCUCGCCACCAACGGACCCUUCUCCCUCCUCGGAUCCUACUGCUGCUGACCACUAUGGUGACUCCACCUCCUCGUCCGCUAGCCCCUAUCACUCGGAGACUGAUGAUUUGGCUCCCCCUUCCGCGGAGUCGUCUGCCUCUCCGCCUCCUACUUCCGCCACGCAACCUUUGUCCACCAUAGUGGACCCAGCUCCUGUUCCCCCGCCACCACACCACCUAUUCAACGCGGUGAUCGAGUGUGGCAUCCUUCUGUACGGCUUGAAGGUUAUGACACUCGUUUCCCUGCUUCUCAUACUGCGGAUGUGAAAUACCCGCUCUCUGCUUAUGUUACUU